CUGUAUUUCUUCUUCUCUUUUUUCUUUCUCUCCUUCUUCUUCAAUUAUCCACACUCACUACUUUCUGUUUCUGUUUUUCUUUUUCUUUUUCAGUUAUUUGUUUUUAUUAUUUUUGCAAUGAGUUAUUGCUUAUCUGGUAAUUCUGUAUUUUCAGAGAAUAAUGGAAAAGCAGAAACGUUUCUGUCUUGUGACUUGGGUUUUAAUUGAAACGCUUUUUGCUUGAAUUCAACUCUAUUAAUUCUUUGGAAAGACGACAAAAAUCAUGUUUUUUGAAUUUUUUUACUCAUGGGUUGUCUGAGUGAGAUCAAGUACUCACUCUUCUUCGCUUUUAUUAUUUUAUGCUAUGUUUCAUCGUCUAAAAAAUACUAUCUAAUCCAGUGAAAAAGCUCGUCACUGUUUUUAUUUUAGGAAGUAUGAGUGAAGAGAAUGAAAAUAGAAAUAGAGGUAGCAGCAGCAGGAGUAGCAGAGCAAUGGAGAGUUUGUCUUUGGAAAUAAACAGGUACCCAAGAGAUCUGCUACAGAGAUUUAUGUCAACUGAAACGCAGCAACAAAAAACGCCAUCAAGUGAAGGAGAAGAAACAGAGGAGAUAGAGCUAAAUCUGGGGUUGUCACUAGGAGGUAGAUUUGGGGUUGACAAGUCAGCAAAGAAACUAACGCGAUCAUCAUCAAUAGCUGGUUCUAUACCAUUAGCGAGAGAGCAUGAUGCAUUCAAUACACCGCCUUUAUCGUAUCCUGUCCUCAUGAGGACAUCUUCUUUGCCAACAGAAACAGAGGAGGAGUGGAGGAAGAGAAAGGAAAUGCAGAGUUUGAGGAGAUUGGAAGCAAAGAGAAGGAGAAGUGAGAAGCAAAAGAAUUUGAGAGGAGAGUUGAAUUUGGAGGGUUUGAAUGUGAACAGAGGGAAUUGGAUUCCUACAUGGGCUAGGCAGGGCUCUUCUGGGGCAAUGAGCGUGAAUAGGUGCAAUACCUUGCACGGAUUGGUGGGGCAGCAGCAGGGUUCUCAAGGGUCUGUGGAGUCUCAAGGGGGGAGCUCUUCUGGUAUGUCAGAAUUGGAGAGUAAGCCUAUUCAAGCCAUAGCAACUAACGAGAUGCUCGCUUUUGGAACUAGCAGUGGUGGCGAAGCAAGAAGCCCUGGUAGUAAUCAAUCCUUGCAAGAUCGAAGCAAUCGAGAAACUGUAGGGACAAAGACAAAUGAAAACAUAUCCGGAAUCUCCAAACCCGAGAUGGAGAAUCCAUCGAAGAAGCUUGACUCUGCGGAAAAUAAGGGGAGACAAAUCGGGACAAAUGCUGUGGAAGACAUGCCCUGUGUCUUCACAGUAGGAGAUGGUCCUAACGGGAGAAGAGUAGACGGCAUUUUAUACAAGUACGGUAAGGGAGAGGAUGUGAGGAUAAUGUGUGUAUGCCAUGGCAGCUUUCUCUCCCCAGCAGAGUUCGUCAAGCAUGCAGGCGGAGGUGAUGUCGAUCACCCUCUUAGACAUAUUGUCGUAAAUACUUCUGGUACUUCUUUUUUGUAAUGCGGUAUUCAUGUCACCCCAUAAAAAAAAGAAAGAAAGAAAGAUGGGGAUGUGAAAUAGGAAAAGAAAAUGAGAGAGAAUUUUAGAAGAUUUAGAUUCUUUUUUAUUACUUUUCCAUGUUUUUGAAAGGGAACUUAAUAUUUAAUUAAAACUAAUAUAAUUUUCAUGUUUAGAUGAGAUUUUCAACUCAGACCA